AUGAGCCUUGUAUCACACAGGAACAGAAAAGGUACUGAUACAUAUCUAUCUAAACUUCAAGUUGCAUUGAACAAAAUUCAAGUCCAGUAUGAGGACCACCGGUCCUCCAGGAAUGCCCAAUUCAAAGAGAAACUCCUCCACAAGGACUUUCCCGGUUGGCAAGUGGAUGAGAUCCUGCAAAAGCUACUUGCCCAGACAGCAGAUACCAGGGAUAUAGAGCCCUUUGCGGACCAUCGGCAUAACCUUACAUUCUAUGCUCGUCCCCCACAGCAUAUCAAGGACCUGAUUGCCGAAAUCCAGCAAGAAAUCCGCGAUGUUGCUCCAACCCUCUGGUUCUCAUCCCCAGAGUCCCUCCACAUCACCAUAAUAGAAAUCACCAGUUCCCGGACCCAAGAAGAUAUCGAUCCUCUCUUCCGAACGCGCUUAGUCAAGCCGCUUCUUAGUUACGAUGCCUCCGCGAUGGCUGUGAGUUUUGUUCCUGCGUCUGGCGCACCUACGAGUCGUUCUGCGCGGGGUCCGUCUCAGCGUGGUUAUGAUGAUGCAUAUACAUACCACCAUCUACGAAGGGAUCUUGCGCGGCAUGUGAUGGCAUCGGGGGUGCAGAUUGCAGCAAGGUAUAUUGUGCCCUCGGCGCAUGUUACAAUUGCGCGGUUUGUUACGCGGGAUGGGUUUUUGUUAGAGGGUGAGAAAGGCGAUGGGGUGACCGCUCCACCAAUGUUCAUUUCUCACGAAUCCAACAUUUCUCCGAUAUACAGGAACAGGACAAAAAUGGAGCCGCGAUGGCACCAAAAAAAACCACUACUGUAUCCACAGAAGCUAACGGCUACUUCCCACCAUCAGGUCAACGUUCCCAAAACCCGCCGGACGUACUGCAAGUCCAAGACUUGCCACAAGCACACCCAGCACAAGGUCACCCAGUACAAGGCUGGCAAGGCCUCCCUCUUCGCCCAGGGUAAGCGUCGUUACGACCGGAAGCAGAGCGGUUAUGGUGGUCAGACCAAGCCCGUCUUCCACAAGAAGGCCAAGACCACCAAGAAGGUUGUCCUCCGUCUGGAGUGCACCGACUGCAAGGCCAAGAAGCAGCUUGCUCUGAAGCGCUGCAAGCACUUCGAGUUGGGUGGUGACAAGAAGACCAAGGGUGCUGCUCUUGUUUUCUAA